UCACACAGAGAUGGCUGGUCGUAUAGAGUCUAUAGCGACCAAGGCUUUCAUGGCCUCCAACCAGACCUACUCUCUCCUGAUGGACCUACUGGAGGACAAUUCUACAGAGGAAUACAUCAGCAACCUCACGGAGCAGUGAGUAACUAGACAUCACACACACACACAUCCAUGCUGGAAAUUGCCAGGGACUUCACACAUGUAUUGCGAUUUUCACGAUUCUAUAUGUAUUGUUACGAAACCAAUAUCUAGCCUACUGAUUUUGCUGCACUCGUUAUCUCUAGGGGUCUUAGACCUAGUUAACUGUUCUGUAACCUGAUUUAAGAUGUGCAUCUAUGUGAGAAAUCAGCAUAUGUGCAAAGGUAUAAAACAUGUAUGCACUCACUAACUGUAAGUCGCUCUGGAUAAGAGCAUCUGCUAAAUGACUAAAAAGUAAAAUGUGUUGAAUGUACAUGUGCCCAGGGAGACAGCAGCCUUACCUUGGUCCAAGGCCAGCUCUACCUUUCUUGACCUCUUGGUUGGCCAGUCCAAGUGGAUCGUUAUGUGUUCAGAUGGUGACGAAAAUAAAUGUACAGUACCAGUCAAAAGUUUGGACACACCUUCUAUUUUCUACAUUGUAGAAUAAUAAGGAAGACAUCAAAACUAUGAAAUAACACAUAUGGAAUCAUGUAGAAACCAAAAAAGGGUUAAACAAAUCAAAAUAUAUUUUAUAUUUGAGAUUCUUCAAAGUAGCCUUUCCUUUGCCUUGAUGACAGCUUUGCACACUUUUUUGGUUACUACAUGAUUCCAUAUGUGUUAUUUCAUAGUUUUGAUGUCUUCACUUGUGGCGUGUGAUUUGGAUGGAGUCAGGCGCAGGAGGGUAAAUCACAGAAUAAAGGUUUAUUCUGUAUAUAUGUCGAUACAAAGUACAAGGAGCUCCACCAAGCUCAUAUAACCUCCACAAUAAACAAUCACACACAAAGACAAGGGGGCAGAGGGAACACUUAUACAGGUACUGAUGAGGGGAAUUGAAACCAGGUGUGUGUAAUAAACAAGACAAAACAAAUUGAAUGAUGAGAUGAUGAGCGGCAGUGGCUAUAAGGCCAGUGACAAUGAACGCCGAAGCCUGCCCGAACAAGGAGAGGAGGCAGCUUCGGAGGAAGUCGUGACAGUACCCCCCAACCUUGACACCGGCCUCGGGGACAACCAGGAGGACGCGGAGCAGGGUUAGCCGGAUGGAAAUCCCACAACAAGGAGGGUUCGAGGAUAUCCCUCACCGGGACCCAACACCGCUCCUCCGGACCGUACCCCUCCCACUCCACGAAGUACUGAAGGCCCCCUACCCGACGCCUCAAAUCCAGGAUGGAAAGGACGGAGUAUGCCGGGGCCCUCGAUGUCCAGAGGAGGUGGAGGGACCUCCUGCACCUCAGACUCCUGGAGCGGACCAGCCACCACCGGCCUGAGGAGAGACACAUGAAACGAGGGGUAAAUACGGUAAUCUGGGGGGAGUAGUAACAUAUAGGUAACCUCGUUGAUUCUCAUCAGGACUUUGAACGGCCCAACAAACCGCGGGCUCAGCUUCCGGCAGGGCAGGCGGAGGGGCAGAUUCCGGGUCGAGAGCCAGACCCGAUCACCCGGUACAAAAACCAGGGCCUCACUGCGGUGGCGGUCAGCGUUGGACUUCUGGCGACACAUGGUGCGCUGGAGGGUGAAUGUGAGCAGCGUUCCACGUCUCCUUCACGCGCCGAAACCAUUCAUCCACCGCAGGAGCUUCGGUCUAGCUUGGAUGCCACGGUGCCAGAACCGGCUGAUAACCUAAGAAACAUUGAAAGGGAGUUAGGUUAGUGGAGGAGUGGCGAAGAGAGUUCUGGGCAUAUUCGGCCCAUGCCAAGAACACCGACCACUCCCCCGGCCGGUCUUGUCAGCAGGACCACAGGAACCUACCCACAUUCUGAUUCACCCGUUCCACCUGCCCAUUAGACUCGGGGUGAAACCCAGAGGUCAGGCUGACCAAGACCCCCAGACGUUCCAUGAAUGCCUUACAGACCUUGGAUGUAAACUGGGGACCCCGGUCAGACACUAUGUCCUCUGGCACCCCGUAGUGCCAGAAGACGUGAGUAAACAGAGCCUCCGCCGUCUGCAGGGCUGUGGUGAGACUGGGCAGAGGAAGGAGGCAGCAGGCUUUUGAAAAGCGGUCCACAACGACCAGGAUGGUGGUGUUACCCUGAGAGAGGGGAAGAUCAGUGAGAAAGUCAAUACACAGGUGGGACCAUGGCCGUUGUGGAACUGGUAAGGGCUGUAACUUACCCGCUGGGAGGUGCCUUAUCUGGGUGCACACCGAGCAAGAGGAGACAUACACCCUCACGUCCUUUGCCAAGGUAGGCCACCAGUACUUUCCGGUCAGGCAGCGCACUGUACGGCCAAUACCUGGGUGACCAGAGGAGGGAGACGUGUGUGCCCAAUAGAACAGAUGGUCACGGACAAGAGACGGCACGUACUGCAGCCCAGCUGGACACUGAGGUGGAGAUGGCUCUGUGCGUACUGCCCGCUCUAUGUCCACGUCCAUCGCCCAUACUACCGGCACCACAAUGCAGGAGGCCGGGAGUAUGGGGGUGUUGUCUAUGGGCCUCUCCUCUGUGUGGUACAGUCAUGACAGCGUGUCUGCCUUCAUGUUCUUCGUACCCGGGAAGUAUGACAGAGUAAACACAAAUCGGGUGAAGAAUAGGGCCCACCUGGCCUGGCGAGGGUUCAGCCUCCUCGCUGCCCGGAUGUACUCCAGGUUACGGUGGUCCGUCCAGAUGAGGAAAGGGUGUUUCGCCCCCUCGAGCCAGUGCCUCCACACGGUCAGGGCUCUGACUACAGCCAACAGCUCCCGAUCACCAAUGUCGUAGUUCUGCUCCGCCGGGCUGAGCUUCUUGGAGAAGAAGGCACAGGGGCGGAGCUUGGGUGGCGUGCCUGGGUGUUGAGACAGGACAGCGACAAUCAAUACCUCGGACGCAUCCGUCCUGCACUACGAACGGUAGUGAUGGAUCGGGAUGGGCCAGUACAGGGGCUGAGGUGAACAGAACCCUCAGGUUACUGAAGGCCCUGUCAGCCUCACCAGACCAGCGGAGCCGAGACGGCCCACCCUUCAAAAGAGAUGUGAUGGGAGCUGCGACCUUGUCAAAGCCCCGGAUAAACCUCCGAUAGUAGUUGGCAAAGCCAAUAAAGCGCUGCACCUCCUUGACCGUGGUUGGAGUCGGCCAAUUACGCACGGCUGAAAUGCGAUCUCCACACCUGAGGUGGUAAUGCGGUAUCCGAGGAAGGAGACGGACUGCUGGAAAAACAAACACUUUUCUGCCUUGGCAUAAAGGUCAUUUUCCAACAGUCGGCCCAGCACUUUGCGAACCAGGUACACAUGCUCGGCGCGCGUAGCGGAAUACACCAGAAUGUCAUCGAUGUAGACCACUACACCGUGACCAAGCAUGUCCCGAAACACCUCGUUCACAAAGGACUGGAAAACGGAUGGAGCAUUCAUCAAACCGUACGGCAUCACCAGGUAUUCAUAAUGCCCCGUGGUUGUGCUGAACGCUGUCUUCCAUUCGUCCCCCUCACGGACACGCACCAGGUUAUACGCACUCUGGAGAUCAAAUUUUGAGAAAAAAAGCGCCCCAUGCAUUGACUCGAUCACAGAUGGGAUGAGGGGCAGAGGAUAACUAUAACGUAUUGUCCGCUUGUUCAAUGCUCGGUAAUCAAUGCACGGGCGCAGACCUCCAUCUUUCUUCUUCACAAAAAAGAAAAUUGAGGAGGCGGGCGAAGUGGAGGGACGUAUGAACCCCUGGCGCAGGGACUCGGAGACGUAUGUCUCCAUCGCCUCCAUUUCAGCCUGAAACAGGGGAUAUACAUGACUCCUGGGAGGCACAGCGUCUACUCGUAGGUUUAUCGCGCAAUCCCCCCCGCCCCGAUGAGGUGGUAAUUUGGUCGCCUGCGUUUUGGAAAACGUGUGUGCCAAAUCGAGGUAUUCGUGGGGGAUGUGCACGGUAGAGGAAGUGUCUGGACUUUCCACCGUGGUUGCACCAACGGAAACAGCUAGGCACCUACCCUGAAACUCUCGCGACCACCCCGUGAGAAACCUCUACGGCCAUGAAAAGGUGGGGUUGUGUAGUGCUAACCAGGGAAGAUCCAACACAACAGGGAAAUCGGGGGACAAAAUAAUAAAAAAUGUGACAUGCAAUCUAUGGGUCCUUUGGGUAACCAUCGUGACUGGUGCUGUACCUUCCCUAACGAACCCUGACCCUAAUGGUCGACUGUCAAGUGCUUUGAUGGGCAGUGGAGUGGAUAGGGGAACCAAUGGAAUACCUAGACUUAGAGCUAACGACCUAUCCAUAAAGUUCCCAGCUGCGCCUGAAUCGACCUGCGCCUUACACUGGGAUACUACUGUGUAAUCAGGGAAGGUGAUGUGUAUGGUGCAGUGCGCAGCAGAGGGCUCUGAACAAGUGUGAGUUUGCGCUAUCUUGGGUGAUGCGAGAGUGCCCUGCCUGCCGCCUCCAGACCCGGAAGAACCCUGAUGGCAGAGUGCAGUAUAAUGUCCUCUUCUGCCACAAGAGUGACACUGAAGCUGUCCUCCUCCGUUCUCCCGGAUCGCUACCCCACCCAGCUCCAUCGGAAUGGACUCCGAGUUGGGGGUGGGUGAAACAGGCAAGCCACUCCCAGGACGUCCUCUAGCAGCCAGCAGGUUGUCCAACCGGAUGGCCAUGUCCACCAGCUGGUCGAAGGUUAACAUGGCAUCCUGGCAGGCUAGCUCCCUUCGGACGUCCUCUCGCAGGCUGAACCGGAAUCCGUCGAUCAGGGCCCGCUUGUUCCACCCGGACCCAGCCGCUAGGGUCCGAAACUCCAGGGCGAAGUACUGCGCGGUCCUCGUACCCUGCCUCAGUUGGACCAGACGCUCGCCCGCCUCUCGUCCUUCGGGCAGGUGGUCGAAGGCUUGUGGACCCGUGCCACGACUCCAGGCAUGGGCUCUUCUCCUGCUGACUCAAUGGCGGGUGUGUGAUUCUGUGGCGUGUGAUUUGGACAGAGUCAGGCGCAGGAGGGUAAAUCACAGAAUAAAGGUUUAUUCCGUAUAUAUGUCGAUACAAAGUACAAGGAGCUCCACCAAGCUCAUAUAACCUCCACAAUAAACAAUCACACACAAAGACAAGGGGGCAGAGGGAACACUUAUACAGGUACUGAUGAGGGGAAUUGAAACCAGGUGUGUGUAAUAAACAAGACAAAACAAAUGGAAUGAUGAGAUGAGGAGCGGAGCGGCAGUGGCUAGAAGGCCGGUGACGACGAACGCCGAAGCCUGCCGAAAGCUUCAGAGGAAGUCGUGACAUCACUAUUAUUCUACAAUGUAGAAUAUAGUAAAAAUAAAGAAAAACCCUUGAAUGUCCAAACUUUUGACUGGUACUGUAUGUAUAUUUGUUACUGCUCCAGGGAUAUAACUAUUGUUUGGAUAACCUUAUUAACAUGUAUUGAUUGUAUUAUUAUUAUAAUUUUUAUUUCUUUACUCUUAAAGCGAUGCGCACUGCAGAGAACACCGGAAGAAAAAUUAUCACUGAAUUAUCACAGUGAAUUAUUGUAAUUGUUUGUUUAUGUGUAAAUUAAUCCCAUAAGGGAUGGGUUGCCAACUGGCAAUUUGACACGCAAAAAUAAAAUGUCAUUAAUUCACAUAGGCACAGACACACAUACAUACACACACACCUACAUAGUACACGCACAGAUACACACUCUCUAUCUCUUCCCCUCUCUCUCUCUCUCUCUCUCUCGCUUUCUUGCCACACCAUCCCUCCAACACAGUCUCCCUUUAAAGGAUCCACAUUAGGUGCAAAAAAGCCUGUUAACCAGCACAGAGCAAGGGUAAAAAACAGACAUGCCAUAUAUGUUUCUCCCAAACAGGGCCCAGAAGUGGUGUAGUUAGCUGUAGUGGUACGCCACAACAAAAGGUCAUAAAUCUGCCUCUUUCUAGCAGCUCUUUAAGGCACGCUGGACUUGAGAAAGUAAGACAUUUAGCCACGGGGGAACAGCUCUAUUCCUUCCUCUUUAAGCCUAUUGCUUUCUGGGGCUGCUUUCAUGGAGUAGCAGCAUGGAGGGAGCAGCGUCUCCUAGCGUGAUAUUGCUCUGAGGAUUAUCCCAAACGCUUAAAAGUAAAAAUGCUAAACCCUCUGGUGGCCACACCUUGAUGGGAGCAGUUGGGAGGCAAGAAACUUGAAAUUGAUUACCUUCAUACCAGCACUAGUCUGCUUGGUUCAGGGGAAUUGUGUUAAUCUUUCAGAGCAAUUUGGUGGGUGCGUGGGUGGGUACAAAGGAGUGAGUGUGUGUGUGUGUGUGUGUGUGUGUGUGUGUGUGUGUGUGUGUGUGUGUGUGCGUGUGUUUGUGUGUGUGUGCAUGCACGCGUGUGUCCAUUGGCAAAUAUGAGGGACACUCAAGAAUUGACACACUGAACGAUCUAACCCUUCUCUCUCCCUCUUCACUCCCCCCUUUCUUUAUCCCCCCCUCUCUCUCUCUCUCUCUCUCUCUCUCUCUCUCUCUCUCUCUCUCUCUCUCUCUCUCUUUUCUUUCUCUCUCUCUUCUCUCCUCUCUCUCUCUCUCUCUCUCUCUCUCUCUCUCUUUCUCUCUCUCUCUCUCUCUCUUUCUAUCUCUCUCUUUUUCUAUCUCUCUCUCUAUCUCUCUUUCAGAAUGGCAGACAUGCAGCAGAUGAAGGAAAAUUUGACGGCCCAGGUGAAUGAGACUGUAGCCAAUCAGCUGUCUCUGGAGGAGGAGUCUGCUGAGAUCAUGGUUGCCCUUGGUAACCUCACCUCCUCCCUAUUGGAGCUGUCCAAAAAUAGGCCCAACCCCACAUCGGGAACCAACCAAUCAGAGGUCAGUGGCUACCAGUGUCAGAGGUAACAAGAAUUCAUUGGACUCUCAAGUUGACUGACUGACCGAAGGAAUGGAUGGAUGGAUGGAUGGAUAGAAUGAUGGAUGAAUGGAUCACUGCUGUGCGUCCCUUCCCUCAGGGUGAUGAGCUGAGCAACAGGACAUCUGAGCUGGCGUUCCAUGUCCAGUCUAAAGAAGAACUGGUCAGUAAGAUCAGAGAGGAGAUGGCGCCUCGAAUACAGACCGCCCACAACAACAUUGCUGCCGUACAGGAUAUGUACAAAGUAAAGUUUUUUUAAAUCUUCACACUACAGUAGAUCAUGACUUCAUUUAUUUAUUUACAUGUAACCGAAAUGUGACCUGGUGAAAUGGUGCUGACAACAAUAAACAGAAUACACUGUACCAAAAGACAAAAUAAUUUACACAUAAUCCACAUGGGGGCUGCAUCAUUCGUGUUUUCUCAUGUUAGGCCUAACAUUUCACGACGCUAUACACGGUGCCGCAAUAGACUGCUGGCUGGCUGCAAUAAUGUAAUUACUUGUUCAGUAAUACAAGUACAACUGCAUAUUAAUCAGCUACCAAUAGAUUUUUCUAGAAUAUACAACUGUCCUGUAUAGCCUACCUGAACCUGCACGACAUGAGCCAUCCUCGCGCUCUCUCCCAGCUUGGAUAGAACGUUGUGGUGCGUAAACCCAGACUAUUAAUGCCAAAUCAGUCAGUCCACCCUCAAAACACUAGCUUACUAGGGAUCAUUUUGGUAUGCAGUGUAGCCUACUAUCUACAGCUAUAUACAGUAUUAAGCUGCAAUUUAGCUGCUAUUUAUGCAUUUCUUAUAAAGAUUACACAUCAAAUAGCCUAGCAAUUCUUCUGAAGUAUUCCUUGCUCUCUCUGUCUGUCUCUUUUUCUCUUUAUUUCUCUUAGAAAAAUGUUUAUCUGUGUCUGUGCUUGUUUGUAGUAGCUACAGUAUGCGACUGCGUCGCCUUGCAUUUUUGUGCUCAAAUGUUUUCACCACGGCCUGUAGGCCUAGGUUGCGGGCCCGACUGUUUUCUAUACUAAGUAUUAACAACCCAGACAGUCUUUCCUUAGACAUUGUGCAUUAUAUGUCCAUUGCGUUGGACACAAUUAAAGCUUAGUCUUGAAUGAUGCAUGCCAACAUAAACUGUACCAGCGAUAAGGGAUUGUUUGUAUUGCAACCACACAACUCAAACGCCAGUUCACCAGUAUGAACGUAAUCGCAAACCACUUUUUUUUUGCCCUCAAGAACUGUUGUCCGCUAAAGAUGAUUGUCUGUUGGCAUCUGCCAUUUUAUUGGCUGUCCAGUAUCCAGAGGACCUGUCCCCGGAGCUUCCUGUACAGUUCAUCUCUUUCCGUAACCUGUUGAGGCUCAAUUAGAGAUGUUGCAGAACUCCUUAUCAUCACUUCCUUCUGCCCAGUUUCCCUGAUGUUGCCAUGGCAAUCAAGCUGUUUUUAAACAUCCCUGUAACUGUCGCUUCUGCGGAGAGAUCGUUUUCUAAACUAAAACUAGUAAAUAACUAUCUAAGAACAAAGCUUUAGGCUCUCAGUCUGAUUGUACUGGCGCUGUCAUAGCCUUGACCACGGCAUUUGUUCACCGAUAUCCCUUUACUUUCAAUCAGUUCAAUUAUUUAUUUUUCAAAGCCUGAGGCACUUUGAUCAGUCACAUUCUUGAAUCCCAAGAAACAAACACUUAGCUUCUUAGUACAUAUGGAAAUUAAAAAGGUUUCUGAAUGACUUUUUGGAGGGUUACUGUCAAAAUUAUUUAUAUUUUUAAAAAACAAUUGACAUCAAUGACAGGCGCAUGAGCCCCAGAGCCCCCCCCCCCACAAACACACCUGGUUUAACUCUUGAUUAUUAUUUGACAAGUUGAAUCAGGUGUGUUUGUCUGGGCUUAAUACAAAUGUGUAGGCUACUGUUGGGGGUACUCGAGGACUGGAGUUCAGAAACACUAAAGUAGAUGGUAGAGUUAAUUCAGUCAUUGACCCCCUGGUCAGGUUGCUGUGCUGUCUAAUGUGACUCAUGUCCCUGAGGUUCUGUGAUGUUCACUCCCCUUUCUCUCUCCAUCCCUGGUGCCUCUGCAGCUGACAGUUCAAGCCCAGGGGUCAAAGGUCAUGGCCCUGUCAUCGGUGGUGACAGGGAAAGAAGUGGAGUCAAAGGCCAUUACCCUGCGGAGAGAACUGGAAGGUGACAUUUGCAACAUUUUGUAUUUGUUUCCAUUUCUGUUGUUUUACAUUUCCGACUGUUUGCUUAGUUUUCGCAUUCCCGUCACUGCAAUAGCAGCCCACAGAGUUAUUCCAAUCAAAUAAAAUAAAAAAGAAUACUGAGAAAAACAACUAUAACACAAAUGUAACCAUUACGAAUAUGUUUCACCCUGAUAUGCUCCGCUUGUCAUUUUGUGUGGGGAGGGAGAGCAUCUGCGAUUGUGGUCUCAAAUGCACUUUCAGUUUCACAGCCUUCAAUUCAUUAUAAUAAUAUGUAAAAAUAAAAAUAAAAUAAAAAGGUGCCACUUCGGAUUUGUUGUUGGAAAUGUCAUCAGGGGAGUCUGAGUAAAAUGGAAUAUAAUGGAAUGGAACUAGAACUAAUAUUUUCUCACUUACUGUGCUACUAAUACAUGGAUUGUGUGGAAUAAAAUAGAAUAGAAUAGUCUUACACUACCCAUUGUCAGUUACUAUCACUUCUGUAACCAUGUCACUGGCCAACCUGCCUUGCCCAUCUCCAUCCCUCAGACAUACAGAGAGAGUGGCCUCAAAGGCAGGCCCAGACGAAGGCUGCUCUGAAGAGGGAGAGGCUGCUGAGGGAGAAGGUUCUGGAAGACGUCAGGAAGAAGGUGAACCAGACAGAGAGAGUCCUGAGGCCUGCCUUGGAGAGCGCUACCCUCUCCAACGCUACCGCACAACAGGCAGAACACACCGCACACGCCCUGUCUAAAGUAAGUAUGGGUGUGGGGGGGGGGGGGGGGCAUAGUUGUGUGUGUGUUGUGUGUGUGCGUGCGUUAGCUAUGUUUCCAACUCACCCUGUGCUUUGAGCAAUGAAAUUCCAUUCACAUAACAAACCUCACCCCUCGGAUUCCUGUUAAUUUGUCUCUUUCCUUUAUUCUUUCUAUUCUUUUGUCUGUGUUUUUCUCUGAGCCCAGGAGGCCAAGGCCACCCUAACCCAGGGCAAGCACACAAGGACAUUGUCUGGCCAGCUCAGCUCCUCUGUAGAUACAACCCUGCAGCAGCUGGCUGAGCAGGAGAACCACACUACCCAGGCACAAGCCAAGCUCAACGCAGAGGUAUAACCAAAACACAGCCACUAAUCAACCACACUACCCAGGCACAAGCCCAACUCAACGCAGAGGUAUAACCAAAACACAGCCACUAAUCAACCACACUACCCAGGCACAAGCCCAGCUCAACGCAGAGGUAUAACCAAAACACAGCCACUAAUCAACCACACUACCCAGGCACAAGCCCAGCUCAACGCAGAGGUAUAUGUAAAUGGAAAUGUAAAUGUAUAACCAAAUCACAGCCACUAAUCAACCACACUACCCAGGCACAAGCCCAACUCAACGCAGAGGUAUAACCAAAACACAGCCACUAAUCAACCACACUACCCAGGCACAAGCCCAGCUCAACGCAGAGGUAUAACCAAAACACAGCCACUAAUCAACCACACUAUCCAGGCACAAGCCCAGCUCAAUGCAGAGGUAUAACCAAAACACAGCCACUAAUCAACCACACUACCCAGGCACAAGCCCAACUCAACGCAGAGGUAUAACCAAAACACAGCCACUAAUCAACCACACUACCCAGGCACAAGCCCAACUCAACGCAGAGGUAUAACCAAAACACUGCCACUAAUCAACCACACUACCCAGGCACAAGCCCAGCUCAACGCAGAGGUAUAACCAAAACACAGCCACUAAUCAACCACACUACCCAGGCACAAGCCCAGCUCAACGCAGAGGUAUAACCAAAACACAGCCACUAAUCAACCACACUACCCAGGCACAAACCCAACUCAACGCAGAGGUAUAACCAAAACACAGCCACUAAUCAACCACACUACCCAGGCACAAGCCCAACUCAACGCAGAGGUAUAACCAAAACACGUGAUUCAGAAAUUAGGGAGAGAGAUUUUUAAUUAGAGAAGAAUGGAUUAACUUUUUCAAUGCUAGUUAAGGAUACUAUAGUUAUCAUGUUUCACAUUGGAUUUAUUAACUACAAAAACAUUAGCUCUGGUCCAACGUUAAGCCAACUCUCGGAAGUUCAAUGACAUUCCAAGUUCCUUGAUAGAUGCCGCUCCUACUAAUAAAUGUAAAAAUUUUUACAUAAAUGUAACGAGCUAAAUGUAAAAAUUUUUUAUCAGAGGUUAAAAAAGGAACAGAAAGGAACGAUAAAAACCGGUACUUUUGGGGGAUUCUAACCGGUUCAGAACUUUAUUUUGCUGGACGGAAUAGUAGAACAGAACUAAAAAAAUAAUUAUCAGAACAAAAUGAUUGGAAAAUACUUUUGGUUCCAACCAGUGGUUCCAUGCGCUCAUUUCUUUAGCCGCCAAUGAAUCACGAUGUAUCAAUGUGACCAUAUGGCAGAGGCUGGUGCUCUCACAUUAGUUGAAUUUUAACUUUUAGAUUUUUAUCAUUUUAAUUCAGAUUUUUAUGAUUAACCACGUGACAAUGAUUUUGAGAAACUAAAACAUUAUUAUUGAAAUGAAACUGGUCCAUGAAAAUGCACAUAUGAAAAUCAUAACUGGCAUGCAGAUCGGUAGAAAUGGUAGGAUAAAUUGUAAGCUUUCCCAAACUUGAAACUCACACGCCACCUAUGGUCUUUACUAUAACACCCAUUAAAAAAUGUGAAGGUCCCGUGAAAAAAACUUGCCCCCCCCUAUAGAAAUCAAAUGACCAUCCAACUGAUUAGUUCUGGCGCCGGCCCUGCCAGCCUCAGUUUUGGUAAAAAGCUGAGGGAUGAGACUGAGCUAUGGAUGCAAGGACUGCCCAUCCAUGAUAUCAACAUGAUCGUUUACAUUUACGUUGUUUACAAAUAUUGGGGAACAUUUAUUAUAUAUAUAUUUUGGGUUCUGAUGAGUACGACACUUGAUCUCGGCUCAUGAGGCAUUUAAAAGUGUUAUUCUUCAAGAAUCAAUGGGUAUACAGUAUAUCAUAUAUUUAUAAGUCCAAAAAUUGAUGUAGAAACUAAGGAUUCUAGCUUAUAGGUCUUGGUGAGCAGUUACUCAGUAGAAUCAGAUGUGCUAAAGGAGGGUUGGACAGAAAAGUUACAGGACGGUAGAUUUCCAGGAAGAGGGUUGGAAGCCCUGAUCUAUUCACGUGAUGUCACUGUAUUUUUCUCCCUCUGUGAUCUCCAGCCUGUAGAGUCUCUGGCCAGUGUAAAGGCGAACAUCCAGGCAGCUAAGCUUCAGCUGGAGGCCUACUCACUCAAACUCAGCCAGCUCAUCAGUAAAAUAGGUAAGUUCAAACCUGCUGACGUUUACUUGUUACAUUUACAUUUUACAUUUUAGUCAUUUAGCAGACGCUCUUAUCCAGAGCGACUUACAGGAGCAAUUAGGGUUAAGUGCCUUGCUCAAGGGCACAUUAACGUCAUUUAGCAGACGCUCUUAGCCAGAGCGACUCACAAAUUGGUGCGUUCACCCUAUAGCCAGUGGGAUAACCACUUUACAAUUUGGGGGGGGGGGGGGUUAGAAGGAUUACUUUAUCCUAUCCCAGGUAUUCCUUAAAGAGGUGGGGUUUCAAAUGUCUCCGGAAGGUGGUGAGUGACUCCGCUGUCCUGGCGUCGUGAGGGAGCUUGUUCCACCAUUGGGGUGCCAGAGCAGCGAACAGUUUUGACUGUCCCAAACGGCAUCCUACUCCCAAUAUAGUGCACUACUUUUGGGCCCAUCAGGUAAAAAGUAGAACAAUAGGGUACCAUUUGGGAUGCACAUAAAUUUCAUGCAGUAACAAAUGCAACAUGUCAGAUCAACCAGAAACGUCUACACUUACAUGUUACUGCCCUCGCCACUGAUCAGACUUGACUUCCAUCCAGUCAGUCAUAUGUCAGAAAGAGAAGUUAGAAUGGUCAAUAGUAAAUUGGUCCAAAUGGAUUCCUCAGAUGGAGAAGGAUUAUCCUGACCUCAACCCACCUCUCUAGGAAUUAUAUAAUUAAGCAAUAAGGCACGGGGGGGAGUGGUAUAUGGCAAUAUACCACGGCUAAGGGCUGUUCUUAUGAACGACGCAACGCGGAGUGCCUGGAUACAGCCCUUAGCCGUGUUAUAUUGGCCAUAUAUCACAAACCUCAGAGAUGCCUUAUUGAUAUUAUAAACUGGUUACCAACAUAAUUAGAGCAGUAAAAAUAAAUGUUUUGUCAUACCCGUGGUAUACGGUCUGAUAUACCACAGCUGUCAGCCAAUCAGCAUUCAGGGCUCGAACCACCCAGUUUAUAAAUGUAUAUAUAUACCGGUAUAAUUAAUCCAAAUUAAACCAGAUAUACUGCUACAGAAAAUAUAUUGCUACAGUUUUAUUGAUUUAAAUGUUCCUGUCUGGCCCUGUCAAUGAGUCACAAGGAGUAACUUGUAGCUGGCGGGGUGUGUGGCACGAUCCUGAUGGAGAAAUGUCCCUCCAUUAUGCUGGCCAACCCCGUUAUUGGUGGGCACAACAGGGUGGCACACAGACGUCACAGUGACCUCACAAGACAAGAGCGCUGCUGAUGGCAAAAGGGUUUCAAAAGGGUUCUUCGGCUGUCCCCAUAGGAGAACCCUUUUUGGUUCCAGGUAGAACCGUUUUCGGUUCCAGGUAGAACUAUUUUGGGUUCCAUGUAGAACUCCUUCCCUAGAGGGUUCUACAUGGAACCCAAUAGGGUUCUACCUGGAACCAAAAAGGGUUCUUCAAAGUGUUCUCCUAUGGGGACAGCCGAAGAACCCUUUUAGGUUCUAGAUAGCACCUUUUUUUCUAAGAGUGUAGGCCUGCUCAAGUACCCUGUUCAUCCCUCUUUCUGUGUCUCACGCUUUUUCAAAAUAACUACACUCUUAGAAAAAGUACAAUGUUGUACCUCAAAUACGCUGUUGUUUUCUGUCGACCAGAUGGGAGCGUGGCGCUGGAACGGUUUGACCAUAUACUGAGUGAGACGGCGGUGCGGUUGGGUGUUCUGCGUGGCAGCGUGGAGAGCCCGUUCCUGAAUGGGAAGAUCCAGACUCUACGAUCAGCCGCCCAGGACCAGAAGAGCCAGCUGACCCACCUGGAACAGGACCUGCAGGAGAUCAGACAGGAGAGAGACAGUCUGAAGGACAUUGCCCUGCACCUGCCCCAGACCUGCCCUCAGGCCUCGGGGAUAGAGGGACAC